CGCCGUGUGUGGAUGAGGCGUGGAGGAGGAAUUCGCGCGCACUGCUCAAGCUCACCUGCGUGUCCUUAACUGCGUCCCGCGGAGACAGGAGAUCCUGUCGCGGUAGUUGGCUCUGACACACGUCCAGCAAUUAUAUUGACUUGAAUUAUAAAAGAAAGGGGUCUGGAUUUUUGAAAAAGAUCUUUGUACGCAGUCAUUUGGUGACUCUCAACGUCUUCCAGAUUGAAAUACCAGCAACUUCUGUUACAAUUUGUCAGCAAUGAGCAAAUCCGGGACGGCCAAAUUUAGACAGUUGUUUGUCAAAACAAAGUCACAAGAUAAAGAAAAAAAGGCAGAUGGAAAAAAUGCUUCCAAACACACGGCUUCGCCCGGGGAUGGAGAGCCCACGAGCCCGAUCGAUAAGCAGGCAACUUCACCGACCAGUCCGACUUCGCCCAUCAAUCCACAGGGAACGACGUCUCCGAGCGACGCGACGGUCAGUCCCACCGAGAAGAAGCGAAGGCGAUUCAAGUGGCCCAAAAGGAAGAGUUCACGGGACAAGUCCCACAACGACCCUCUGUUUUUCAGCGACUCCGAGGACCUCGAGGCAACGAGGAACCACCUGAGCUUCGACCAGGUGAGCGUGCUGACGGAGUUCAGCGUGCAGAGUGAGCGCCUCUCUCCUGUGGACGUGGACUCGGCCUCCAUGUACAGCCUGGACAUGUCCCACCGCAGCGCCACCUCGCCCCGGUCCAGGAAGAACUCUGAGGACAAACCCGGCGUGUUUGUGCGCAUCGGCAGCUUCUUCAGCAGCAAGCGCCGGAAAAGCAGCAAGGGUCACUCCGAAUCCAAAGAGGAAGCCACGCCCCCGACGUCCCCGACGGAGGAGGAGUGGCCGAGCACCCCCACGGGCAGCCCGCGGGGGGUUCGGGACGGCGUGGGGUUGGGGGUGGGGGUGUCCCUGCCGGAGCUGCGGACGGAGCGGCCCCAGGGUAGCCCCGGCACGCGCAGCGUCGUCUCGCUGCUGGACGGCGAAGGCAUCCCAUUCGCCGACAGCGACGGCAGCGGGCAGGGCAGCGUGAAGGAGGCGGGGUCUCAGGAGCGGGUCGGGGGCGGGGUCGACGGGGCCGGCGGGGAAGAGGGGAGGAGCCCCGGGGAGGUGAAGUCGCCGGAUGUGGUUUUGGGGGGGGUGUGCCGGAAGCUGCAGGCGUACCUGGAGGAGACCAGCGUGAACGCGGUGGUGGGGGAGGGAGGAGACGGCGGCCCGCGCGGACAGCCCCUCGUCUGCUCCACCGUCAAGCGGAACUUCGAGGUGGUGAGCAAGGCCAGGCCGACCAGCUGGGACUUGGUGGAGCCGCUGGACGCCAAGUUUUUUGUGAAGACCACGCCCCUCGGGGGUGCGUCGCUGCGCUCGCAGUCGUGCUCCGAGGACGGCGGGCCGCCGGUGUGGGUGCGCCCCUCGCCGGAGAACACCAGCUCGGGGGAGGCCACGCCCACUAAUGGCCGCUCCAGCCCGGCCCCGCCCGUGAGCCCCCACCUGCUGUGGGUGGAGACGCACCUGGGCGGGUCGGAGGGGGGGCCGCCGCCCGAGCCUGAAGCUGCUCCCGCUCCCGUUGGCGAGCCGCCAGCCCAGCCCGUCUCCGUGGAGACCGACAUGGCGGACCGGCAGGAAGUCAGGCCGGAACACAAGCGCAGGAGCAUCAAAAUCUCCAAAACGGAGCACACAUUCACCAAGAGCCUGAGCCUGAACGCCGAGCCCACCCCCCAAAAAACCAGCGCCCCCGAGAAAACCAGCACCCCCAGCAACAAGGCCCCGCAGAGGCCAGAGGCUAAACUGCUGGCGAACGUGAAGGUGAGUUUAGGGAUGAAGAAGCAGCCACCCUCAAGGAGCAGAUCCGCAGAGAAAGCUUCGCCCAUUAGCCCCACCAGUCCCGUCUCCCCGCGGUCUCCACAGCGCCCCCCUAAGGCCCGAGCGGGAAGCACAAGUUCGAAGGCUCCGGCGGAAAGUCGCGUGGUGAACGGCACAGAGGUUCAGGGCAGGAAGCAGGAGGGCGUGGCCAAAACGCCCCCUCCUCCCCCGUCCCCAGAGCCGGUGGAUAAAGGCCCCGACGCCCUCAAGUCCAAAAUCCCCAAGAAGGCCAAUGUGGAGAUCAAGCUGAAAACCUUGUCGGUGACCAGCCACACGGUGACCAGUCCUACAGUGACCAGUCCUACGGUGACCAGACCCACGGUGACCAGUCCUACGGUGACCAGCCCCACAGUGACCAGCCCCACGGUGACCAGCCCCACGGUGACCAGUCCUACGGUGACCUCGCCCGGCACGGAGAAGGGCCCCGCCGACAACGACCCCAUCUCGGCCGGCGGGAUGGACGGAAAAAAGCAAGCGCCGGUGCAGGGCGAGAGCAGCCACUCCCCCCGGAGCAGACUGCCCAAAGCCGCCGACGGCGCCCCUUCCUCCACCAGGAGAUCCCGCUCGGGGAAAAACAAAGCCCCCUCCGCCCUGCCGAGCCCGGCGAAACCCGGCGACGCCGCGGCGAAGCCGCCGACCGUCGACUCGCCGACGAGCCCCGCCAAGGACCCGGCCGAAGGGCCGCAGGCGGGAACCAGGCUGCCCCGCCCGUCUCCGGCGCAGCCCGCCAAACAGCCGCCCAGCGAGGAAGUCGUCGGCGUCGUCGCCGCGGACACGGCCCCGCCCGCGUCGCCCUCCCAGCCGGACAGCAGGCUGAAGAGGCCCAGCGGCAAGGAGUCGCCGCCGAAGGCGCUGAAAGCGCAGGGCGACGGCGGGAAGCCCGGUAAAGGCGCCUCGCCGGAGAGCCCGACCAAGAUCCCGGGGAGAGACGCGAGCGAUGGCGGGGCGCAGGGCGGGAGCAAACUGCCCAUGCCCAGUCACAGGAGCCCCCCAAAACCGAGACCCAAGAAGCAGGCGGGAAAGACGGCUGACGGCCAGCCUGCCGCGGCCGCUGACGGCGCUGGUCCGGCGGUUUCUGGCGCAGACGCCCCCCAGGCUGAGGCCCGGAGUGCAGCAGCAGAGGGAGGGAGGUCUCUGCCCGCUCCGGGAGGUAAAACGGCAGGUGAGAAGGUCUCACAGACCGAGGAGAGGCCCCCUGUGCAGGCCAGACCAGCAGAACAGAUCCCUGCCCCAACAACCGCUGAGGCACCUGCCCCAACACCUGCUGUUAAACCUGCCCCAACACCUGCAGAGGCACCUACCCCAACACCUGCUGUUAAACCUGCCCCAACACCUGCAGAUACAUCUGUUCCUACCCCAACAACUGCCCCAGCACCUGCCAGUACACCAGCUCCAACACCUGCAGAUACACCUGCACCAACAACUGCAGAGGCACCUGCCCCAACACCUGCUGUUAAACCUGCCCCAACACCUGCGGAUACACCUGCCCCAACAACUGCAGAGGCACCUGCCCCAACACCUGCUGUUAAACCUGCCCCAACAACUGCAAAGGCACCUGCCCCAACACCUGCAGAUACAUCAGUUCCUACCCCAACAACUGCCCCAGCACCUGCCAAUACAGCAGCUCCAACACCUGCAGUUACACCUGCCUCAACACCUGCUGAUAAACCUACAGUUACACCUGCACCAACACCUGCUGAUAAACCUGCCCCAACACCUGCUGGUACACAUGCUCCAACUCCUGCAGAGGCACCUGCCCCAAUACCUGCUGUUAAACCUGCCCUAACACCUGCCUCAAGACCUGGAGACACAGCUGCCUCAACACCUGCUGUUAAACCUGCCCCAACGCCUGCUAAUAAACCUACAGUUACACCUGCCCCAACAUCUGCUGAUAAACCUACAGUUACACCUACCCCAACACCUGCUGAUAAACCUACAGUUACACCGGCCCCAACACCUGCUGAUAAACCUGCCCUAACACCUGCCUCAACACCUGCUGUUAAACCUACAGUUACACCUACCCCAACACCUGCUGAUAAACCUACAGUUACACCUACCCCAACACCUGCUGAUAAACCUACAGUUACACCUGCCCCAUCACCUGCUGAUAAACCUACAGUUACACCUGCCCCAACACCUGCUGAUAAACCUACUGUUACACCUACCCCAACACCUGCUGAUAAACCUACAGUUACACUUACCCCAACACCUGCUGAUAAACCUACAGUUACACCUGCCCCAACACCUGCUGAUAAACCUACAGUUACACCUACCCCAACACAUGCUGAUAAACCUACAGUUACACCUGCCCCAACACCUGCUGAUAAACCUACAGUUACACCUACCCCAACACCUGCUGAUAAACCUACAGUUGCACCUACCCCAACACCUGCUGAUAAACCUACAGUUACACCUGCCCCAACACCUGCUGAUAAACCUACAGUUACACCUGCCCCAACACCUGCUGAUAAACCUACAGUUACACCGGCCCCAACACCUGCUGAUAAACCUACAGUUACACCUGCCCCAACACCUGCUGAUAAACCGGCAGUUCAACCUGCUGAUAAACCUGCAGUUCAACCUGCUGAUAAACCUAUGGUUGCAGCUUCCGUAGCAUCCAAGGAGCCAGAAUCCAGCCUGGUGGAUGAGCCUGUCAGGGAGGUGGGGCCUGUAGAAAACGGCAUGGACAGUGAGAAGAACAGUCUAGCUGUCGCUAAGGAGCCAGCGAAGACCAGAGAGCAAGCACAGGCACCUGCGACUCAUUCCCAGAAUGCUGAGCAGAAAAUGCUGCAGAAUGAAACUAAACCGUCAGAGCCAGCCCCACCCACUGCUAGCCAAGCCCCUCCUACUGCUACAUCGGCCCUGCCCCCUACUACUCAAGCCCCGAUUACAGAUGCGUCAACUCCACCCACUGCUACUAAAGCCCCACCCACAGCUACCAAAGACCCACCUACUGCUACCCAAGCUACAGCUACAACUACACCAGCCCCACCCACUGCUACUAAAGUUCAACCAACAACUGCAUCGGCCCCACCUACUACUGCCAAAGCUCCACCUACAACUUUAUCAGCCCUGCCAAUUGCUAUGCAAGCCCCACCUACGGCUACAUCAGCCCCAACCACUGCUAUCGAAGCCCCACCCACUGAUGCCCAAGCCCUACCUACGGCUACAGCAGCCCCAACUACUGCUACCGAAGCCCCACCCACUGAUACCCGAGCCCCACCUACAACUGCCCCAGCCCCAGCCACAGCUGCCCAAGCGCUGCCUACAGCGGCCCCGUCCCCACCCAUUCAUGCCACUGCCCCACCCACUGCUGCACCCGGCAGUUCCCCCAAGGCAGUGAAGAUCAAGGAUAAGACAGGGAAGCUGCCGGAUGGUGUCCCCAAGGUGGCCCCGUCCACAGGGGAGCCGACUCUGAAUGGACUGGCCUUUCCGCAGGCGGAGCCUCCCCUGCCUGUGGGGGGCUGCGUACCCGCGAGACGGGAGGAAGAGAAGAAAAGCUUGGCGAGCAAACGGAGAGAAGCCAAGGAUAGACGCACGGCUCCCGUCACCACUGGGCAGGCUAUGCCAAAGCAGCCAUCUCCAGCCUUAAAGGGGUCGCUGGGCAAGUCUGAGACAGGUGCUCUGAACGGGAGUCUGACAUCAUUUACCGACCCGCUUAAAGGCCUGAAACGGGUGCCGGACGGUUCGGCCGCUCCGGAGCAGCCCGUGUUUUGUGAAGUCCCUGGUCCCUCUCGCGGGCUCCCAGGGAGGCAGGAAGGGCCCUCCAGUUGGCUUGACGUGGACCAGAGGUUCCGCGGGAAGCCCGGCGGUGGUGCCGGUGCCCGGGGCAGGGCGGACAGGAAGCUGGUCUCCUCGGCCAGUGAGGACGACUCCGAGGAACCUUCUGCCGAGUUCCAGGACUUCAUCAAGAACGUCAGGUUCAUGGGCCUCCCGUUCCAGCUGCCCAUGAAAAGGCAGGGGCAAGGGCACCCCAAGCCCUCCUCUAUCCUGCCCCCCAUCAAGGAGGACCGCUUCGAGAAGACCUUCGACCCUGCCCAGUUCGAGUUUGGCCGACGCAAGGUGAAGGGCCCCAAGGACCCGUCGCCGGCCAUGUUCAUGAAGCGGAAGAGCGAGGAAGCCAAGUCCAAAAUCCAGCCCAUAAGGACCGGCACGGAGAAAAGCAUGCUGUUCAAAGCGCUGUCCAUCGAUCGCCGCAGGGAGGGCCCAAGUUUCCGCGAGAAAGAGGAAGAGGUUGUGGAGGAAGAUGGGGAGGCAGAGGCAGGAGAGACGGAGAAGGUUUCGGAACGUCUGGGGAAGAGUUCGGUACUCUCUAGUCUCAUGGAUUUCUCCAGGACGUCCCGGAAGCCAAACCACGAGUCAGCUGCUUCGCCGACCAGACCGCAGGAACUGCCGGCGAUCCCAAAACCGCCUGCCCCAGGAAAGCAGGGCUUGCUGCCCCCGCCACCUCUCCCGGUACCCUCAGGGGUGGGUGGGAUUAUGGGCGGGGCCAUACCGGGUGCAACGGACCAGCUGAUCCUGGUCAACUCCGGCCCCGCACCUGCCCAGGACACACCGCCAGUGCCUUCCUUCGCUGCUGUGAAGCUUCCGGAUUUUCUGGAGAAGUUCCUGUCCCAGGAUGGGGCAGAAGAGAGGAGCCCGGUGGCCGAACAACGGAACUGGGCUGUGGCUGGAUCCCCAGCCCCCGGCAUGGACCAGGGUGACAUCGCCUCCACCCCUCAGCCUGUCCCGGGUGGGCCGCUGGACAGUUGUGAUUCCCCCAAGCUGGCGCCUCCUCAGCCUAUUCCACCUGCAAUGUACCCCAAGGUCCCAGACGUCAAAGGGUUCCACAAGCGGCCCGGAAAGUUGGUCAUUCAUAAGCAGGCUCAGUUUAAGGGGAAGGCUCUGGAGGUGUUCCGGGACGUGGAGGAUGCCAGUGGGUGGAAACUUUCCCCGGUCGUCUCCGUCAGGGUGGUGAGGGGCUGCUGGAUCCUGUAUGAGGAGCCAGGGUUCAGAGGUCGCACCGUUGCCCUGGAGGAGGGGUCUAUGGAGCUGAUGGACAUUUGGGCUGAUAAAACACUUCCGGGUCAACCGGGUCAGCCAGCUUCCUCGAACCCCAUAGUCAUCGGGUCCGUCCGUUUGGCUGUCAGGGACUACAGUGUGCCGCACAUUGAUCUCUUCACUGAGCUGGAGGGGCUGGGGCGUAGGUCAGCGUACUGCGAUGACACCCUGGACAUGUGCACCUUCGGAAUCCCGCCCAGCACCUCCUCAAUCAAAGUGCAUUCUGGGACCUGGCUGGUGUACAGUGAGCCAGGAUUUCAAGGUGCCGUGGCAUUGCUGGAAGUGGGGGAGUACCCCUGCCCUGAGGCCUGGGGGUUUGCCGAGCCUUUCGUUGGAUCCCUACGACCCCUCAAAAUGGGUGGCAUCAGGGUGGAAUAUCCCACGGAAGUUAAGGCGGUGCUGUACGAGAGGCCGUUCUUCGAGGGAGAGACGGAAGAGCUGACGGGAGAGGUCUUCGAUUUCAGGGAGGCGGAGAGAAAUCCGGAGAGCUCCGCCCCGGGAACCUCCAAACUCAGCUCUGUGGGCUCCAUCAAAAUUAAAGGCGGGCUCUGGGUGGGCUAUGAUGGACCCAGGUUCGAAGGGCGUCAGUAUAUCCUGGAGGAGGGGGAGUACGUGGGCUGGUGGGACUGGGAGGGCAAUAUAGGCUCUCUGGUGUCCCUGCGACCCGUGCUGGCUGACUUCCUGUCUCCCCGACUGAAGCUGUUCACUGAGAGGAACUUUGGGGACAGAGGGCUGAACGCUGAUCUGCUGGGCCCCGUCCUGAGCCUGGAGGAGACGGGAUUCGGGCUGAGGACCCAGUCUGCCGACGUGGUCUCCGGCGUAUGGGUGGCCUUCCAGAACGCCAGCUUCUCCGGCGAGCUGUACCUGCUGGAGCGAGGCCUGUACAGCGCCCCGGAGGACUGGGGGGCGUCCACCUUCCAGGUCGGCUCCGUCCAGCCGGUCUUCGUGGAUAAUCUGCAAAACAUCGACAAGUUUAAGGUCCAGUUGUUCUCGGAGCCCGGGUUCGAGGGCAUGGUUCACGUUCUGAAUGACAAUGCACCGGUGCUGCCCGAUGAUUUCUCUGUGGGGUCCUGCAAAGUUCUGGCUGGCAGCUGGGUGGCGUUCGAGGGUCCUCAGUUCACACAGAACAUGUACGUCCUGGAGGAGGGGGAGUACCCCGACCCCCCUGCCAUGGGCCUGCCCCACAAUUCCACCGUCCUCUCGCUACAGACCAUCUGCUUUGAGUUCUCCCUGCCCUCCAUCACUCUCUUCUCCAAGCCCAGCUUCAGAGGCAGGAGGCUGGUUCUGAAGUCGCCUGUGGUGAGCCUGAAGCAGGCCGGGUCUGACGGGCAUGUCCCCUCGCUGCUGGUGGAGGGAGGGAUGUGGGUUUUGUAUGAGAGCAAUAAUUUCCAGGGUCGCCAGAUUGUGCUGCAGCCCACUGAGAUCGGGGAUUGGUACAAGUUCAGUGGCUGGCAGCGAAUUGGAUCCCUGCGCCCGCUGUUCCAGAAGCCGGUGUACGUGCGGCUGCAGAACAGACACACGAGCGGGUGGAUGUCUCUGACGGGGCCGCUGGACGAGGUGAAGCUGAUGCGGGUUCAGGCGCUGGAGGAGACGGGCGGAGUCGAGCAGAUCUGGAGCUAUCACAAAGGAAAACUGCGCUGCAAGUUGCUAGAGGACUGUUGCCUGGAAACGACAGGGACGGUUGUCAUGGCGGGCAGCAGGCUGUGCGUUUCCCCGGAGAUGGGGAAGGAGAAUCAGUCGUGGAGCAUCACGCGGGACGGCUUGGUCUUCUGCAACCUGAAGCCCGAUCUGGUGCUGGAGGUCAAAGGAGGGCAGCACUACGACAAAAACCAAGUGAUUCUCAAAGUGUUUGAAGAAAAGAACCUGAACCAGAGAUGGUCUGUGGAGGUCUUGUAAUGCAUCAACAUGGGAGCAGGAGAUAUUUUCAGUGCCUCACUGAGUUUCCUCACUGGACUUUGCGGAUCUCAUGUGCAGCUCCGCAGUGGGCCUCAGGGCCCUCUGAUGCAGCUCCACAGUGAGCCUCCAGACUCUACAGUGCAGCUCCACAGUGGGCCUCAGGGCUUUGAGGUGCAGCUCCACAGUGGGCCUCAGGGCUCUGCGGUGUAGCUCCACAGUGGGCCUCAGGGCUCUCUGGUGCAGCUGUCCCAUGGAUCUCUGACAGACAUGCCUUAUGAACUAGGAAUAGAGAACAGCAUUUAUAAACGCUGCUCCCCAACCCUCACCUUUCUGAAGCCUCUAACUUUACGCUUCUGAUGCAGCAUUCCUUCGGCGUGCUCUUCGCUCUGUUCCCUCCAUCCUCAUCCUCUCAGGCAGCCUUUAAAGGUUUUUCCACAUUGUUCUGUUUUACAGACCAACACGUGGGCUUAUUUCCCUGGAAACCCUUUUUUAACCAUUUAAGGUGUAAUAUCACAAAUAUGUCAUUAGAAUGUUCUGAGCUUGAAUGUGAUGAUCACUACUGGUAAGUAAAAGCAAUGGAGUUCUAGAACACUGACUUAGAAUCUUGAAAAAGCAUUCCAAAACACCUACUCUCCAAAGUGUUAAAUAUAUACAAGAUUUUAACACCAUAACAAGUAUCUGUACAAAAACACUCAUGGAGCAUGCUGGAAAAUGACUGCAAAGCAAGGAAAAAAAUAUGCAAGAACAUUUAGUUCAUAUUUAGGUCCACAAACAACUCAAACUGCAUCGACAUGGUCAAGUGAACCUCUGGGCUGAAGAGGAAACAAAAAGGCCAUCUCAAACUCCAUCUGACAGACAUUCGGGAAUAGGGAGGGUUUGUCCAAAGCUUCAGAGCGUUGAAGUGUUGUGUUUGUCCAUUAUGGACCGUACAAUACAGUAUGUUCCUGAAACCUGAGGGUUUAAAGAGAACCUGAAAUCUGCGCAAACACAAAAAGCGGUACCUGUUGCGUGCUUAAAAUCCAGCACACAGCCUGCGCUGAACUACGCCACACUUCCACUGUUUACACUGGAGCCCGCAAUGGAAAUUUACCUCCUGGAGCACAGGUGUGCGCCAAACGGUCACCCGAUAGGGGGGUGUGUCCAGGCUGGGCUGUCACGAGAAAGUGGCUUCUCGUGACAGUCCAGAAGGUCUCGCCCCCUCUCGUUCGGUUUGAGCGAGAUCUCGCGUCUUGCAGAGAACACUUAAGUAAACACGUCAUAGGACGUGGUCCGUGUUAUGCAGAUAUACUGACGGGGGCGAUACGUCAUGUGACCGUUUCCAUUAGCCCCUUUUUGUACAUUUUGACCAGGCGUUUUCUUGUUCCCAGACUUCUCCAGAUUCUGUAACCUAGCUGACGUGAGCGUGUUUAUCGCUUACGGCUACAUUUCUGUCCUGUAUACGCACAAGGAUCGUUUCCAUUGGAGAAGCUGAGAAGCUAAAAAGGCGAACGCACAUUUUACGAAUGGCCUAAAUACAAGAUAAUUCAAGGCGCAGCUGGUGCCUAUGUAACCUCAGGAUCAGUGGUGUUCACUCUUGCCCUUGGAUAGCUGAAGCCUUGACUCGUUCCUGUUUUCACCUUGAAAGCAGCGACUAAGGUCAAACGCAAGUAGCCAGGUGAGGUAAGUGUGUAAUCAGCUUCGAUAGAUGAAGUGCCUCUUAAGUCAAAGGCACCUCCCACGGCUGUGUUGAGAGUCUGAGUGAACACUGCUAGUGAGGAUUACGCAGAGGGGCUGUGAUGAUGAUGCGCAGUCCGGUUUUAUUGAGUCGAGAGAAGCAAAACAUCGCUGUUACUGUAAUUCCUGGGUUCUGCCUCUAUGUGUAGGGUCCUGUACGGUCAGCCCUACCCAGAGAGGAAGGGGGAAGCCAUUUUGUCUUCAACACAUAAUUAUUACAUAAAUAUUAAGACUUUAUGCCAGUGGUCUCAAACUCGUUGCCGUGGAGGGCCGUGUGUAUGCAGGUUUUC